ACGGCCAGUGUGUUCGCCGCUGCACGUCCGGGAACGCGCGUACGCCUCUCCGCUUUCGUUCGGCGACAUCGUCGGCGAGUACGUCUCAAGGACGGCCGUGACAAGAGUGGCACUGUGUGCCCGAAAGGGACGAGCGUCCGUGAGGGAGGAAGAAGCGGCGGGAAGGGCGAAGCACGGGGGAGCCGCGUCGUCGGGAACGAUCGCGUGUGUGGAAUCAGGCGUGCGUUCGGCGCCUCGUCAUCGGGCGUCAUUGGCAGAAAAGAAACAGCAUCGGUGCGUCUUUGCGUCGCUCGACGAAAGGUAGCGGGAAAGAAGGAGAGGAAGAACGCGGGAGGGAGAAAGAGAGAAAGAGGAGGUGAGAAGUGACAGAGAAGUACAGCUGAGCCAGUAACAGGUGGAACGAAUAAUCACCGACCAUGGAUCAAGGCUUCCCGGGACAGCACACCACCACCACGACCGUGACGACCACCACCACGACCGUGCAGCCCAAUGUCCGGUUCGAUCCGUCUUUCGUGAGAACAUUGCCCGGCCUCUUGAAAGUCGUGCAAGUGGUGCUAAAUCUCCUGGGAUUUAUAUGCAUAAUGGUCUCGAGUCAGAGCAGUCACAGUCGGGGAGGAUGGUUCAAUACUGUGGCCAUGGGUGGCUUCUGGUUCACCGGGAUAAUGCUCGUGCUCUACCUGUUCCACAUCAUCGAGAAGUUCUCCAAGAUUCCAUGGCUCAAGAUUGAAUUCAUAUUCUGCACCGUGUGGACCGUUUUCUACCUGCUGGCCGCUUCCCUCGCAGCUGAUUAUGCGCGCUACACAGAGGCCUUCGGUGUCGCAGCGUUCUUCGGAUUUUGCGCGAUGGUGGCGUACGGCUACGACGCUUGGCUGAAGUUCCACGCGGCGAAGAGCGGAACGUUGGCGCAGGGCCAGCACACGCCGAAACAAGUGUCCACCGUCACUAGUCCGGCGUACUAAAUCGAGAGAGCGGCGGGGGAUGAGGAGGAGGAAGUGGCCCGAGGUGGAUGGAUGGACCACACACCCACCGGUCGGUCGACCGAAUCGAUCGAUCGAUCGAUCGGCACACAUAUCGUUACCUGCAUGCGGGGCCAGCCCUUUUGUAAUUUUCCGUGCGUUUCUUUCGCGCGCUCCUCGCAGGAGGGGCGUUCAGGGAAGAAGCAUGAGAGAGAGAGAGAGAGAGAGAGAGAGAUACUCUCGUGCUUCUUUCGCUCGAUGUUUUUUCGUUCGAUCGCACGUCCACACCGGGCUUUGAAGCGGUUUGGAACGUCUUCCGAGGCAGCUACAAAAAAGUCACUUCGAUGAGUUUCGAGACACAUAUGCCCAGUAGAAUUUUUAUUCUCAGUAAUUCUCAAGAGAAACGUUUUCCUAUCGGGUACGAGAUGUGUUGCGAAACUCGUCGGAAAAACAGUGCUGUAACUGUUUAACGACCGACCUUAUAGCCCAUGUAGCACAUGUUAGUUUCAUACAUGUUCUUUAAACGUAUAUAUGACGUUUCAUAAACGCAUUACAUACGUUUAAAGAGCGUAUAUAAAAAUAACUGUGUUACCUCGGAGUGAAAGCCGAUGAUCCAACGAGGGAACUCGAUUUCUGGGGAAUGUCGGAGACAAGGUUCUCUCAUUGAACCAUUGGUUGCGAUUUCCGAGUUGCAAGGGAAAGCGUUCGAAGCCUUUGAACUUCAAGUGAACAAACGCUGAAACCGUCUCGAAAACCGUCUCGAAAACCAGUGUACGCGCGUACGUACGUGCGUGCCACUCAUUCUUACCGUCACCGGCGCACGCACGUACGUACAUAUCACUCUCACGAACUUUCCUUUCGACUGUCCCUUCUUUCCUUUUGUACUUCGUAACAAGGCAAUAAUCUACACGCUUUUAGCGUAAACGUUAACUUAUAUUCUAACGAGAGGCGCCGCCGCCGCCUGCGUCGCUGCGUCGUCCUCCGACGAGCAACGAUUGUUAAUAAUACCACGUUUACAACGUUCGGCGCGUCUUUGCUUUCGAUCGACUGUUAUUUAUGCGGACGAUGCGUGUGUACAUACAUAUUACCUAGACAUAUUUACACAUAUCACCUCUCUGUAAACGUUGUUGAAUCACUGUGUCUUAAAUUAUUGUUAGAAGUCCAGGCGACACGCCUCUUCUUAGGCAUCGUUGUCGCGCCGCCCGGCCGCACGACAUCGGGCGAGCGCCGGUGCGAGCGCUAGAUCUAUUUUAAUCUCUCGCUCCUUGUUCGCAACCAGCCCCGGUCAAUCGCGUCCCGCAAUGAUCGUUUUCCGCGGAAUAACGUUUCUGCCGACGAACCGUUUCCCGAUUCCGUAGAGAUCUCUGAUCCGAAAGUCACGCCGAGGCAUAUCGGCGAAGAGCGAAGUAUUAAUGUUUCUGCGUAAUGAAAUCGAUCCCGAGUGCGGAUUCUCAAAUCGUUUGCAGGCAGAGACCCGUUUCUGUAACUUCUCACGACAGCGUCGUUACGUUAUCGCGCGUAUUACGGGAAAAGGCGCAGCUUUUCAUCGUGGAUUAAAUUUGAUAACGAUAACGUAACGGGAAUCACACUGUCGUUAUUGAAAGUUACAGAAUGGGCUUACAAGGUUAUACAGAGCUCGAAGGUGAAAAUAAGGAAACGCUGAAUCACCGUGUAACGAUCUUUCUCCCCUCUCGUCGUGCGUAGCCUUCUUAGACCGUCGUGUAGACUCUCUUUAGAUCGUCGAUACCGCGCUUUGUCGCUCUCCUAACACACACACACACACACACACACACAUGCACACAGGAAUCAAACGAUGCAGUCACGAUGUCGUGUGAAUUUUACACACAGAGCGGCGCGAGCGAGUGAUGACGGCCGACAAGAUGCGGUUCGACGCGUCAUUUUCUCGUGGCGGGCAACAUAUCCGCGGCGCAGCCGUCAUCAUAUCGGAUUAUCGUAUCUCGUUGCGCGCGGUAGGCGUGUAUCUCGCGCGACUCUCUCGCGAUUGUACGGCUCUCUUCUCCUCGUCCGCCGGACGGAGAGAAUAAUCUGUUAACUGUUUACAAUCGACGAGUAACCCGCACCGUUGCGACUCGACCUGCGAGAUGUAUAUUUAUUAAUUUUGUUAUCUUUAUUUCUCGACCGAGUUUAUACGAGCACUGUUCACUCGCUUGCGAAACGAGUGCGAGCACAUUUUGUCCGAUAAGGUCGAGAGGAAACGAUUGGGAAGCACUGCUCACAGACUUUGCACGAUAAUCGGCGGUCCCGACAGAUGUCGAAUGACGGUUCGCGGUGUAAAUAGUUUUAUCCGCCUUUUGUCUGGUAGGAGAGUAUAUAAUAAUAAUAAUACUUACAUUUUUCCUGUGUUCCCCGUUGCAACUGUCACGUCGAAUAUCUCGUGGACCAUCACACUUCGUCGGCUGCUGUCGUAAUCGAUAUUAUAUCGCGCCGGUUCGCGAGAAAAAUGGCUCGCGAUCCUCCGAUGACGCUCUCGCAGCUUCGUUGGAGAAAACGUGCUCGAACCGUCUCGCAAACGAGUGUAGAUCCGUCGAUAUGUACGCGACGCAGUAUACGCUAUGUCAAACGUCUAGUUGCAAGAUGCAGCGAGACGACGUAGAUGUUAUUAUGCAUAAUGACGGUCGACGAAAUGAGACCGAUAUCAGUAAGUGUACUCAACGAAAAUAAAUCAUCGAUUGUUUCCCGAACGUGA